UGCAGUGAGACAUCAGAAAUAUUUGUUGACAGUCGCCAGGUUUAAACACAUCCAAUUGUCCACAACUUGGGCAAUUCGCUACUCAUCCGUUCAAUUGCUAUAAAACACUUAGCGAUAAUUUCUCGACACGCAGCAAUAAAUCAUCGCAAUUUUUUGCCCUCGAUUGUCACGUAAUUUUGAACCAUUUGAUUUGAUAACUUUAAAAACCACUACAACGGCUACAGCAGUGCAAAGAAUACUGAAGUUGUUGAUGCAACUGCAGCAUAAAUUGUUGCGAAAACUAGUCUACCUGAGCGCGUCGAACAUAUACUAAACUGUAUUAAAGGUGUGGUUCAUCUACUUACUGGAAUCCGCCGUUGUCUUUAUAGCCACUGUAAAAAAGUGCAUUUUAAAAUAAAGGGGUUAUCCCUAGUCAAGAAGUGCUGCGGAUCGUGCUACACGAAAAUUAUUUUCAUUUAUCCUUACAGAUAUAAAUUGUAAAACUGGGUAAAUUGUGGUUUCUGGUUAAAGAUUACCUUUUCGCGAAAAUGGGCCCGCCCACAAGUACAACUCUUAAUGGAACUGAGCUACCACCAAAAACUACCGAACGGAGCGGUGCGCCUCGUGAACUCACCGGCUACCGGAGAUGGCUGCAAGAUAAUCUAAUGUUGCUGGUGACACUGUCUGGAGUUUUAUUGGGAGUUAUUUUCGG